CGAAGCGCCGCCACGGACGAAGGCUGUUAUCCAUCCGGCGGGUUAAGAAACCCUGGAAAUGACGCGCUUCACUUGCUUCCUGCUCAUUUGCACAAUUGCACAGGCUUGCUCCCAGCUUUGUGGGGGCCCUUGUCAUUGUCCCAAACCGCCUCCACGUUGUCCCCCUGGGGUGCCUCUGGUCCUGGAUGGAUGCCACUGCUGCCAGAUGUGUGCCAGGCAGCUGGGCGAGACCUGCGACAAGAAGCAUGCCUGCGACAGUCAGCAGGGGCUGGCGUGCGACUACAGCGCCAGCUACCCGGGGGGAACGGGAGAGUGCGUUGGUCAAGAGGAGCUCGGCUGUGAGUUCAAUGGUGUGAGCUACCAGGAGGGGCAGCGCUUCCAGCCAUCCUGCGCUGUGCAGUGCCACUGUCUGGGAGGAGGGGUGACGUGCCUGCGCCUGUGCAGUGAGGAGCUGCGGCCACCAGGCCCUGACUGUCCCCACCCCCAGCUCAUCCAGCUGCCAGGACGCUGUUGCAAGGAGUGGCUGUGUGAGAGCAUGGAGAACACAGUCUUCCAGGAUGCUCUGGCAGCCUACAGCCCUGACAUAGCUCAGCUGGACCUCUCUACCUUGAACAAGAACAUGGGCUCUAACUGCGUCGAGCAAAGUACCGAGUGGAGCGCCUGUUCCAGAACUUGUGGCCCCGGCGUUUCAACACGGGUGUCCAACAUGAACCGGGCCUGCCACUUGGAGACGCAGUCCAGAUUCUGCAUGGUCCGGCCCUGUCAGAACCCCCCAUACAGGACAACAGCAGGGACGUGGUGGUGCAAACCCAGUUAUGUAGCUCCUCUGCCAGCGCGCCUGGAGCAGCAGGGCUGCCUCAGUGUGGGGGCAUUCCGGCUGACCUACUGCAGCCUGUGCCCCGACGGCCGCUGCUGUACCCCCCACCGCACUCGCACUGUCCCUGCGGCCUUUCGCUGCCCCGCGGGCCGCCUGCUCCACCUCCCUGUCAUGAUGAUAGAGUCCUGCGUCUGCCACUACCAGUGUCCCCACUCCCAGAGGGCCCACGCUACAGCACCAGAACACCUCACUCCCUGAAGAAACCCCAAGACGCCCGGGGGCCAGGGCUCGGCAGAACUCGGCUUACGGGGCAUGCAGCCCCCCCAAACUGAGACACUUCCACCAGAGAUUUGCAACACUGAUAAUCCGGAGACUAUAGAACCCACAUAUUUAGCACUCAGUGCUGGGAUGAUCUGACCUGUGAAGACACAGCACCCGCAUACAGAGACACACCCAGUGCCAAGGUCUGGCCACCCAGUGCUGGGAUGAUCUGUCUCCUGAGGAUACAAAACCACAUAGAGACACACCCAGUGCCAAGGUCUGGCCACCCAGUGCUGGGAUGAUCUGACCUGUGAAGACACAGCACCCGCAUACAGAGACACACCCAGUGCCAAGGUCUGGCCACCCAGUGCUGGUAUGAGCCCUUUCAGUGCCUCACACCUGGGAAUAGGGUCACAUCACAUCUGGGUAUAGAGAGGGUCACAUCACAUCUGGGUAUAGAGACGGUCACAUCACGUCUGGGAAUAGGGUCACAUCUUUUAUAUAUGCAGAAUUAAUCUCAUCUCUUGCUUUCCUGUAAAAAACCAACAGUGAGAUGAGAUUAUUGGAUAAGUUAUUUGAUGAUUUAAUGGAUCGCCUAUUGGUUGACGAGUCUCUUAAGACAGAUUCCUGCACAUCUGCUAAAAUUCAGUAUUUGUUAUUCAGUAUUUGUUACACAUUUUUACCUUUUUUUUCAAAUCCUCAUGUACAUAUAAUUUACUGUAUUGCUAUAUCUUUUAUGCCACCCAUUAUUAUUACUGUAAAUAAUUCUACAUUAAAAUAUCUAUGAACAUUUUAGGAUCACCAUAAUUGUAUGAGCAGGUACAUGCGACAAGUUCAUGUUUUCCAGAUUAAACUUUUGAAAUGGCUUGAUUUAGAAAACACCUGGUUUUAGCUGAAUACUGAAAAAAAGGAUCAUUGGUCACAUUUUCACAUUGUGAUCAUGAAGGUUGUUUUCAUUCAUCAUUAUGUCAACAGACCUUGUAGGGUUAAGCAUUCUUAGUAAUGCAAAUAAGUCCCAAAAUCUAACAUUAAAUCUAAUAUUCUUCAGUGUUUAGUAUAUCACAUUGAAAUUUUAACAACAUUAUCAAUAAAACAGAAUCAGUAAAAAGCAGUAUGUUGGUAAAAACAUUGCCUUUGGGACCAAAUACACGGCCAGUGGUUUGAGCUGCAGAGCUAAAAUGAAAGAAACCCAGAAAUGAACAUCUAUUUUAAUGAAAAGGUGCCACUCCUUUUUAAAUGCCUGUAAUAGCCGAAGGGAAAACGCGAGUCAGGUACCAUUAUGUACUUUGGUUAAAUGAGCUCCCUGCAACAUUACGCCAUACAAUUACGCAGCUACACAGCUGACUCUAGCGAACAAAAGCAAGUUUGUUAAAACGGCACAAUAAUAGAUGAGCCGGCUGCACAAAUACACCAAAUACCAUUUUUUUCACCCCAAAUGCAGUAGAGCCCCUUAACCCACAAAUAGAUCAACCACCUUACAACUAUGUUUCAACAGCUGUAAUUCCAUGAACUUUCCUCAUCAGCUAAUCCAGCAUCUCCCCCCUUUCCUCGACUCCUCUCAGGUAAUCCCUCACAACCUCUCCCUCCUGCACCAUUUUUGUCAGUCCUUAUGAAUAAAAACCUUUUUGUCAUCCUCCCUUUCAGAGCUGCUUGUGAUCAGGGGGAAAACAUCAAUCAACUGGUAGUUUCCAACCAAAAGACAGAUAAUAAAAUCUAAUGCCAAAGACUGUGAAACAACCAAGUGUUACUAGUGUAUGAACCACCACUGAGUUCACUGAUCUGUAAGUUUUAAUUUGUUCAGGCUUGAAAUAGAUUUUUUUUAGUUUGAUGCUUCUUAAACUCUGCUGGCAUCUAUGGACUUUUCUGUGCAGUGAAAUUUUAAUAAUCUUCUAAUACAAAA